ACAGCCCAAGUAGGCGGGUUCGCUGCAGCCGCUCCAAGGCCAAAGCGAGAAGACCUUACUGCGCACGCGCAGUAGACCGCCGAUGGAGCCACCGAUGGAGCCGUCCGGAGGGGAGCAAGAGCCCGGAGCCGUCAGGCUCCUGGACCUGCCCUGGGAAGACGUGCUGCUCCCACACGUCCUGAGCCGGGUGCCACUGCGCCAGCUACUCCGGCUGCAGCGCGUCAGCCGGGCCUUCCGGGCGCUGGUGCAGCUGCACCUGGCUGGGCUGCGCCGUUUCGACGCCGCUCAGGUGGGUCCACAGAUCCCGCGGGCCGCAUUGGCCUGGCUGCUGCGGGACGCUGAGGGGCUGCAGGAUCUGGCGCUGGCGCCAUGUCACGAAUGGCUGUCGGACGACGAUCUGGUGCCGGUGCUGGCACGGAAUCCGCAGCUUCGGAGUGUGGCGCUGGCCGGCUGCGGGCAACUGAGCCGCCGCACGCUAGGGGCGCUGGCCGAGGGCUGCCCCCGCCUGCAGCGCCUAUCGCUUGCGCACUGUGACUGGGUAGAUGGGUUGGCACUGCGCGGCCUCGCUGACCGCUGUCCAGCCCUCGAGGAGCUGGACCUCACCGCCUGCCGACAGAUCAAGGAUGAGGCCAUCGUGUACCUGGCGCAGAGGCGCGGCGCAGGCCUCCGCAUCCUCUCGCUGGCGGUCAAUGCCAAUGUGGGGGACGCCGCUGUCCAGGAAUUGGCUCGGAACUGCCCAGAACUCGAGCACCUAGACCUAACCGGCUGCCUCCGCGUCGGAAGCGACGGUGUCAGGACACUGGCGGAGUACUGCCCGGCACUGCGCUCACUGCGGGUGCGGCACUGCCACCAUGUGGCGGAGCCCAGCCUGAGCCGCUUGCGGAAGCGCGGCGUCGACAUCGACGUGGAACCGCCCCUGCAUCAGGCGCUGGUGCUGCUGCAGGACAUGGCGGGCUUUGCACCCUUUGUCAACCUGCAGGUCUGACACGCCUGCCGAUGGGCACAGCUGGACUGUGUGGCAGGGCCUAUGAACUGUAAGGAAACUGAACUGUGGGGGUCUCAGGUGAGAGGCCAAUGCCCUGCCCAAUCCUGAAGCUUCCAAUAAAGAGCUUUUUACCCCCUC